CUGAUAGGACAGAAGGGUGAUGCAGGAAAAAGUGGUCACAAGGGUUUUCCAGGUGAAAGAGGGAUGCAAGGGCCAAUUGGUCCAACAGGAAUAAAGGGGAAUGCUGGCCGUCAGGGUGCAAAAGGUGUAACAGGUCUUACUGGGAAGGAGGGAGAUACUGGUCCUCGUGGUCCACCCGGACUAAAAGGCUCCCCUGGACAAUCUGGUCAGCUUGGACAGAAGGGAAUGAAAGGUGUCCAAGGCACCAGUGGUCCUAAAGGGGUGAAAGGAAAGAAAGGAAACCCGGGAAAAUCAGGUUUACCAGGAAAUUACACACCUAAAGAAAGAAAAGGAUCAAAUGAUGGUGAUAGACCCAGUGAGACACCUGAAUCCUUAACAAGAUCUAGCACAUCCAAGUCUGAACACAAACUGCUGCAGAACCAACAUAGACAACAAAAACAGCAUCGUCCAGUGAAAACUGAACCUGGAGAAUCUCUAGAAGAUGAAGCUGAUGAAGCUUUCAGUUGGCCUCAAGGAACCAAAGAUGACCCUGGCACCACUUGCUAUGAGCUGGGACUUAUACACCCACAUCUGAAUGAUGGUUACUUCUACAUGGACCCCAACCAAGGUUGUCCUUAUGAUGCUCUGAGAGUGUUUUGUAACUUCACAGCAGGAGGAAGCACCUGCAUUGACCCAAUGCCAUCAGAGAUAACAUGGAGGUGGUAUCCAGGAAGGUACAAAUCAUCAGUUCAAUGGUUCAGUCAUCAACAUGGCAGUGACAAGUUUAGGUACCCUGGUGUGGAUGUUGUCCAGCUGAGGUUUCUACGGUUACACAGCCACACAUCUUUUCAGCGUAUAAUUCUCAGUUAUACAGCAAACAGGACUGCGAUGGAAGGCACCAACAACCUUAUCCACUUUCUGGGAGACUCUCGCCAAGAGAUAAAUUCACGCCAUACCAGAAUAUCCACAAUAAAUCAUAAGGUGGAGGUAGUAGUGAGGGUUCAGGGCAGUACGGAGCUACAUCGAGGUGAUAUGCAGGUUCUUCCUAUAAGAGAUUUGGGUAUAAACAUGUCUGCGCUAUGGAUGCAGGUGCAUGAGGUCCAGGCAGUCGUGGGGCCACUCUGCUUCUUGUGACUAAUGCGUGUGGAUGAGCGAGUGCUUUUUGCCCAUUUGUUUCUUGUAAAUGAUUAAAUAUAGCGGGGAUGUAUGGUGUGUAGUGCAGUGGUUCUCAACCUUUUUUCAGUGAUGUACCCCCUGUGAACAUUUUUUUUAAUUAAAGUACCCCUUAAUCAGAGCAAAACAUUUUUGGUUGAAAAAAAGAGAUAAAGAAGUAAAAUACAGCACUAUGUCGUCAGUUUCUGAUUUAUUAAAUGUUAUAACAGUGCAAAAUAUUGCUCAUUGAUAGUGGUCUUUCUUAAACUAUUUGGAAAAAAAGAUAUAAAAAUAACUAAAAACUUGUUGAAAAAUAAACAAGUGAUUCAAUUAUAAAUACAGAUUUCUACACACAGAAGUAACCAUCGACUUUAAGUGCCCUCUUUGGGGAUUGCAAUAGAGAUCCAUCUGGAUUCAUGAACUUAAUUUUAAUUCUAAACAUUUCUUCACAAAAAAAGAAAUCUUUAACAUAAAUAUCUGUGGAACAUGUCCACAAAAAAAUCGAGCUGUCAACAAUGAAUAUUGCAUUGUUGGAUUUCUUUUCACAGUUUAUGAACUUACAUUCAUAUUUUGUUGAAGUUUUAUUCAAUAAAUGUAUUUAUGAAGGAUUUUUGAAUUGCUGCUAUUUUAAAAAUAUUUUAAAAAAAUCUCACAUACCCCUUGGCAUACCUUCAAGUACCCCCAGGGGUACACGUAUCCCCAUUUGAGAACCACUGGUCUAGACAAUGUACAUUAGUGCUGAACUUCAUUUUGUUUAUACAGUAUUUAUUGAAUUAAAAUUGUUAUAGGUGGAUACAGAAGAGUGAGCCUAUAUUGUGUGAAAAGUUAUUUUCAUUCAGUUGUGUGUAUGUCAUUGUUUAUAUAAAUAAAAAUAAUCGCUUGAAACAC